UUUCAACGCUCCAAUAGAUUAAUGCGCAUCUAUUUUAAGCGCGGUCUGAACAGAAAGUAAAAUCAUUAAGUGCUUGUAUAGACAAACAAUUGUUUAGUUUCAAUGUCGGGGCUGCGGUCUCCAUGGAGCUGCCUCACGCGCGCUGUAACCGUGACGACAACCCUCGCUUGCCAGUGUUGGGUCUCGGUCUGACCAGCGUCCGACUCAUUGUCAACAAGAUAGAGUCCGAAUACACUCGUGCCCUAGCUUCCUCCGAGAGUGGCCGCGAAAUCGUCAAAUACGAUCCGAACGUCGACGAAGGAUACGACGAUUAUUAUGACUCUCCCCUCGACGCAUCGAGCGGACGAGUCUGGAGUCGUUUCGCUGUAAACUUAGGCAUAGCCCUAAGCAGAUGCAUUCCUAGUGUUUCGUUUGCCAAUUUCGGACUACUGGCUUUAAUAACGGGAUUCUUCGCACCGAGAAUGAUCUCUUAUUGGGUCAUAUAUCCAUUUUGCAGAUUGGUAUUCGGAACUCUCUACCCGGCUUAUGCUUCAUAUAAAGCUGUGCGGACGAAGAAUUUGAAAGAAUACGUAAAAUGGAUGAUGUACUGGAUCGUCUUCGCCUUGUUCACAUGCACAGAAACGUUCACAGACGUUUUCCUAUCAUGGUUCCCGUUCUACUACGAAGUGAAAAUAGUCCUCGUACUUUGGCUCCUGUCGCCAGCUACCAAGGGCUCGUCGAUAUUGUACAGGAAGUUUGUACAUCCAGCGCUUUGCAGGCGGGAGCAGGAAAUAGAUGAGUACAUAGCUAAGGCCAAAGAUCAGGGCUACCACACAGUCCUAAAUCUAGGCACAAAAGGCGUCAACUAUGCUACAACAGUUAUUAUGCAAACAGCCAUCAAAGGCGGUGGCGGUCUCGUACAGCAACUACGUAAAAGCUACAGUCUAUCCGACCUUAGCGAGUGCGACCCGCGUGACGAGAGAGGCGCUGACGAAGCUGACGAUGUGCUCACUGAACCUAGACUGAUUCGCAGGGCUACUGCUAAGAGUGGCUACAACACACGUCGCAGCGCGUCCGAGUCGAAUAGCCGGUCCGCAAUUUACUUUCCAGAGGUCGACGUCGAUUUAAAGAGCGGCCGGCGAUGCGAGGAGCCUAAUUUUAGUCAUAUAAAAUCCAACGAAGACAUAAGUUCGGGCUACUCAAGCGCAGACAAUUCCGCGUCACUCACGCGGACAGCUUCAGUCGGUGCUGCACAGCGCGCAAAGGCCCGAACAACGCGCACGACUGUCACCACCAUUAAGCGACCGCAAGCUGCCGAGGAUAAUGAAGUUAUCAUCGAGGAGCUACACGACGACGAAUUUGAUUAUACGAAUAUGCCUGCCCUUUUGAACCUUCCUUCCCAGCUAUACCUAUCCAAUACCGAUCCUCCCUUCAUAUAUCAAUGCGUAGGGAAUCAAAUUAAAAUUGUUCAAGUACUAGGUAAUACUUCAUCGAAUACUAGCGAACGAGUCUAUAAUGAUAACGAUCAAUGGGACCAAAACAAUUCAAGCUUUGAAGAUGCUUCACCUAUAAUGGAUACAAUAGACAACCAAAAGACAGAACAAUCUAACGACAUAGCGGAUAUUGAAAUUAAAGAUUGUUAUACAAAAAACAAUGUUUCUAAAGACAAAUCCGUGGAAAUGGUCGAAAAUAAAACAAAUAUUGUGCCCAUUAUUGGAAUAGAAGAAGACGAAAACGCAGAAAGCUCUGUUUUUGUUUCUAACGUAGAAUUGAAAACAGUCAAAGAGAGUGAUACAGCCGAUAUUCGACCAAAUGUUGACGAUGCUGAUUCAAACACAACUACCAUUGAUAAAGUUGAGGAACCUAAACAAUCACAAAAUGUAUGUGUUACUGUGACAGAAGAUCCAAUUGAAUCAACUAGUCUCGAUACGUCUUUUAAUGAUGUCGACUCUAUGGACAGUGACGAUGAGGCCUCUUUUGGAACACCUGAGGAUUCACCAAAAACUAAAAGACGAUCUCCAAAAGGACGAUAUGGGAAAAGCAAAGCUCCACCACCACCGCCAGCGAAAUCGGAAAACUUUGAAACUACCAUAGACGUCAAAGAACAAACUGAUAAUAUCCUCACGGAUACCCUAAGCACAACAUCUCAAGAGAGUUUAGUUGACAUUGUAAACAAUCUUCCUAACAAUAGCUUAAAAGAAAAGGGCACAUCAAAAGGUUUACAAGUAGUCAAUCCUAUAGCGGAAAAGAAAAGACGACAUAAAUCAAAAUCUCCAGGAAGAAUUCCAAAAGGCAGUUCGUCUAGUAUCGGAAAGUUGUUACAACUACCAGGCAAAUUUGCUUUUUGGAAUAAAACUGAUGAUAAAAAUAAAGACAACGCUUCAACCUCGUCUGAAGAUAAAAGUUCUUCACAGAGAUCGUCAUCUAAUGAAAAGCGUAUUGACGAAUCUCAAUGUUGCAAUAAAUUAAACGACGCACAAAACGAUGCGAGCAUUGAACAGAUUAGUCUGAAAGAAUCCGAAGAUGAGAAACAACAGACCGAAGGAGCUGAGGAUCAGUUGAGUUUUAAAGAUGCAAGUGAUUUUGAAUCUGAAGCUAUAUCGCAUGAAGUAAUGGAGAAAAGCGAUGCUCUACAAAAACUCAUUGACGCUAAGAUAGAAAGUCAUCCGGAAUAUAAAAUCGUUUCUUUGCAUGAAGAAAUUUUGACUACUUCAAAAAGCACUGAUGUUUAAGGCUUUCCUUGUCCUGAAUCCAAUUUUCACAGCAGCAGAAAUAGAGGGAAACAGCAAUGCUGUCAGCCUCUGCUACUAUACCCCGCGUUAAAAAAUCCACUAAGAGGAAAACUCAAUAGGCAAUGUCUAAAUAAGUAUAUUUAUUUUACUUUUAAUAUAU